GCCGCCUCUUGCGCUGUGCUUCUGUCUCGCUCUUGUUGCUCUUUCAACAUUUUUAAUCUCUCUCUCAGAUUUUCCCUGGCAUCCCCUUGCACUCCUCAGGCUGUCCACAUUGGGACCCGUCGCCAAUUAACCCUCCGCACCGCUGGUCAGAGUAGACAGGUAUCUUCAGCCAUCUCCAGCCAGCCUGCCAAGAUGUCCCUGAAGGUCCAGACGAGCAACAUCACCAAUAAAAACGACCCCAAGUCCAUCAACUCUCGGGUGUUCAUCGGCAACCUGAACACGGCCGUGGUGAAGAAGGCGGACGUGGAGAGCAUCUUCUCCAAGUACGGCCGCGUGCUGGGCUGCUCCGUGCACAAGGGCUACGCCUUCGUGCAGUACGCCAGCGAGCGGCAUGCCCGCGGCGCCGUCAUCGGGGAGAACGGGCGCGUCCUGGCCGGACAGACUCUAGAUAUCAACAUGGCAGGUGAACCCAAACCCAACCGACCCAAGGGACUGAAGAGGUCGGCUGCUGCCCUCUACAGUGGUUACGACUUUGAUUACGACUACUACAGAGAGGACUUCUAUGACCGGCUGUUUGAGUACCGAGGUCGAGUGUCUCCCGUGCCCAGAGUGGUGCCAGUCAAGCGCCCCCGUGUGGCCAUGCCGCUGGUGCGCAGGGUGAAGGCUCUGCCCGUCAAGCUGCUGGCUCGCUCCUCCUCCGUGCUCCCCAGCACCUCCAUCAAACAGAGGCCAGUGAAAUGCAAUGAGCUACAAGCUAUCAAGUCUGAGUUGACACAAAUCAAGUCCAACAUUGAUGCCCUGCUCGGUAGACUGGAGCAGAUCACAGAGGACAAAUACACCAGCACAGAGCUGAGGAAGGAGGAGUGCAAGAGCGAGAUGUCCCAGGACGACUCGGGGUCGGACACAGAAGAGCUGGCGGAGGACAACCAGACCAGCGAGGUGGAGGAGGGGGAGGAGGGCACACAGGACGAAUGCGAUGACGACAUGGAAAACAACCACUUAUCAGAAAUGGACUCCAUCCUGCAAUAGACGGUACGCAGGGUGCCUGGACUCGACGGCUGGCUGGGAACCCUUUGACAACUCUACAGGACACCCACAGCACAAGGGGGCGCCGUCACACUCAACAUUAGCCAUCAGACAGACUGACAGACAGAUAGACAAACAGACGGACAGACAGACAGACAGACAGAUAGACAGCAGACAGACAGACUGACAUAUAUCAGACAGGUAGCCUGACCACCUAUGACUGGGGAAGUUGGGAGAGA